AUGACAAAGAAAGAUGGGCCCAGCUCGGCUCAAAAGCAAGCACUAUGCGUUCAGUGGAUCCAAAAGUCGCGAGUCGCCCAUACAAUCAGAGACCUGGAGAAAGUUUUGCCGCAAGUCGCAUCAAUAAAUGCAAUGGCCGUCAGGGACUAUAUUCAAGCCAUGGCUGACGAAAACAUGAUACGAGUCGAAAAGAUUGGCAGUGGAAACUGGUACUGGAGCUUCCCCAACGACGAGAAGAUCAAGAAGAAAGCCGCCCUCAGCAAAGCCGCGAGUGAGAAGACAAAUGCUAGGGCCGUAUUUGAAGAUCUACAGCAACAUGUGAAGGACACAGCUGCAGCACGUAAAGACGAGGGAGACAAAAUGCUCAUGGAGCACGGGCUGUCUAGGGUUUACAUGACAAAACUACACAGUGAGCUAAGCCGCAAGCUCAAUGUACUAAGAAGGGAGCUGGACUCAUACAGUAAGAACGAUCCAGUGGAAUUUGAACGGCGCAAGGCGAAAGUUCUAGAGGAGAAAGUGCGUGUUGAUUCACUCACUGACUCGAUUUACAACAUGGAAAGCUGGCUAAAGCGAAGGUUACAAGGCGAUAAAGCCACCAUGAUGGGUAUAAAGCGAUGCCUCUACGGCGAUGAGUACGAUGAAGAAGUGGGAGGCUUGCGAGACAUUACAAACGUGUCAGAAGAGGACUUAUACUGUGAUUACUUGUAA